UAGCUGCCGCCACCUAACCCCACCCCGGAAGUGCCGCGCCACUCGUCACUUCCGCUUUCCCAAGCAUCCGAUACUCUCGCGAGAACUGAAAGCGCUAUGUGAGCUGAGCUAAACGGAAGUCGGGUCUCUUUUUCGUGGCGCCUAGAGGGCGUUCAGUUGCUUCAAGAUGAAGCUGAACAUCUCCUUCCCCGCCACUGGCUGCCAGAAACUCAUUGAGGUGGAUGAUGAACGUAAACUUCGUACGUUCUAUGAGAAGCGUAUGGCCACAGAAGUUGCUGCUGACUCUCUAGGAGAAGAGUGGAAGGGUUAUGUGGUCCGGAUCAGUGGUGGGAACGACAAGCAAGGUUUCCCUAUGAAGCAAGGCGUCUUGACUCAUGGCCGAGUUCGCUUGCUACUGAGCAAGGGGCAUUCCUGUUAUAGACCAAGGAGAACCGGAGAGAGAAAGCGUAAAUCUGUCCGAGGUUGCAUUGUGGAUGCCAAUCUGAGCGUUCUCAACUUGGUUAUUGUAAAAAAAGGAGAGAAAGAUAUUCCUGGAUUGACUGAUACUACUGUGCCUCGGCGCCUGGGGCCCAAAAGAGCAAGCAGAAUCCGCAAACUUUUCAAUCUCUCUAAAGAAGAUGAUGUUCGCCAAUAUGUUGUCAGGAAGCCCUUAAACAAAGAAGGUAAGAAACCCAGGACUAAAGCCCCUAAGAUUCAGCGUCUUGUUACUCCGCGUGUCCUCCAACACAAGCGCCGCCGUAUUGCUCUGAAGAAGCAGCGUACUAAGAAAAACAAAGAGGAGGCUGCAGAAUAUGCUAAGCUUCUUGCCAAGAGAAUGAAGGAAGCUAAAGAAAAACGCCAGGAACAAAUUGCCAAGAGACGUAGGCUUUCCUCUCUGAGAGCUUCUACUUCUAAGUCUGAGUCCAGUCAGAAAUAAAAUGCUUAAGUAACAAAUAAA